AUGAUAAGUUUUAUUCUUCUUGUCAAUAAGCAAGGUCAGACAAGGCUAGCCCAAUACUACAACUACAUGACGAUCAGCGAGAGAGCCACACUUGAAGGAGAAUUGGUCAGAAAAUGCUUAAGCAGGGGUGAAGGCCAAUGCAAUUUCUUGGAGCACCAGCAGUGGAAGGUCAUCUAUAGAAGAUAUGCUUCUCUAUAUUUCAUAAUUGGCAUCGAAGAAGAAAAUGUCAACGAGCUUGCUUACUUAGAAUUCAUUCACAACUUAGUCGAGACACUAGACAAAUACUUUGAAAAUGUUUGCGAACUCGAUAUCAUGUUCAAUAUAGAGAAAGCUCAUUUUGUCCUUGACGAAAUGGUAAUGAAUGGCUGCAUCCUCGAAACCAAUAAAACUAUCAUACUAGGCCAAAUUUCUGCAAUUGAGAAGUGCGGAUAA